AUGCAUAAAAAUCUUUCCAAGCAGUCAGCUGCUUAACAACAACCAUCCGUGGUUUACGAAAAAACCAUUUAAUUUUCAUAAGCCCAAGCCAUAGUGUGGCAAAUCAAAUUCAUUCUCAACCAAAUUACUAGCAAAAAGUUGAUGAGUUCCGCUUCCAAUGAACUUGAAAAUCUAUCUAAGCAGUUUGGCAAAGAGUUCGACAAAUAUUUGCUCAGAGAGCUAAUCGAGCAAAUUGAUUUAAAAGAUCCAGUGAAAGCUCAAAUGGACCGCAAUGAUCAAUUCAAAGUGCAAUUGCUCAACUAAGAGUUAGCUAGAUGUUAACAGAAGCAUGAAUUUCUGCAGUACUUCAGCGAGAUAGUCCAACAUAUUUUCAAUGACCGCCCUGCUCUGAAGAUUUUAAAGCAAAAACUCGCUGAUUACUAUAGCUAUGGCAAGCCUGAGCCACUUCCAGAAUAUGCGGUUCACAGACUCGUAUACCUUUUAUCUAUUAAUCCUGAACUCAACUAAGAUGAUGGUUUAAGAGAUAUCUAAUAGUAUAUUAAAGAUAGCAAUAACUUGAAGAAUACUUCUCAUGUAUCAUUAAGGUCUGCGCUCUAACAAGAUAUAAUCUACUCAAAUACUAGUCAAGAGGAUCCCUCAAUUUCACUAAUAAAGGAUGGAAAUGGUUUAGAUAACCUAGACAAAGCUUUUAGGAUACUUGAGCCUUGGUAAAUAUUGGUUGAUAUUGGCCAUUACUGCACAUACAACUACAAUUAUUUGCUGAAAGUAUUAGAAGACUUUAAAGAUAUAAAUGAGAUGAAAAUGGCAAGAACUCUCCUAUAUUUAGCAUAAAAUCACACUGGUCUUGAAGAUCAACAAACUAGAAUUGUUUAUAGCACCUUUGAAGCCUGUAAAAAAGGGGAUUCUACAAGCCUCAACAAAGAACCCAAAGACCAAAAGACUCAAAUGACAUGGAGUGUAGACAAUCUUGCUAGAGCUUUCAGAGAGUUGUAUUCAAACUUGAACUGGCAAAAGGUUUUUGAAGCACUCACAGAAAUUUAAAAUGAAGUAACUCUAGACUUCAAAGCUUUCCAAGUGUUUAUUUAGCUUUUCAACAAAUCAAAGCCUCAAAACGUCCAGUAUCCACUAAACAUAAUUCUAAAUGCAAAUUAUCUGUGGGCUGAUCCAGAACUUCACCUAAGCUUUAUUGAGAAUACAAUAUAAAUGUAUACAGAGAAGAAAGAAAAGUCAAUUAACUUCUAAAAGCUUGAGAGAAGAUAGGAAAUGAUCGAAGAACUUGCUUCAAUUAAAGAGAGAGUACCACUCGAGCACAUCAAUGUUUGGCUGUCAAUAGAUCUCGUUGAGAUUCUUAUUUAACUCUCAGAUUCACAUUCAUUUACCAAAGUUAGAAGCCUCUUCGACUAUCCUAUGAAGAAUUUGCCUGAAUAUCUACUUCUUACUCUUAGUCACUGCAAACCAAAGCAUGGAAAUCUAAUGAUAGAUGAGUUACUUUCAUUGCUUUUACCAUAAUUCCUAGGAAAUCAUGUUAACUCAAUUCCAGUACUACAAAAUUUAUGGAAAAAUAAUCAAGCUUUGAUUAUCAGAGGUAUUUGUGAGUUAUGCAGACAUGACUAAAGAAUAAUGAACUUAUCCAGAGUACUUGACAUUACUUAAGAAGUUAAAGAGAGUCUGAUGCCUAUUGUUAAUUGUGAUGACUAUUACUUCGCUGUAAAUCUUGGAAUUCUAGCUGGUAAAAGAGACUUCCUUCACUACGAUCAAUGGCUAUCUGAAAGAAUAAAGAAUAUUGGAACACCUUUUAUCAAAGCUCUCCUUAAGUAUAUGAAAGAACAUAUUGUUUAGCCAAUUGCUGAGUAUGUCAAAGCCAGAACAGUGGCAGGGUAAGCCUUUGAUAUGAAUUCUGAUGCCUUUGAGCAAUAAAAGCAACAAAUAUUGGAUAGAUCUCAUCUUAGCAAGGAGAAGCUAUGUAUAACUAUUGAGCACUUAAGCAGCAUGUAAAAUAGGUAAAACCCUAAAAUCAUCAGAUAAACUAUUGAACAAAUCAGUGAUCUAGUCUCUCAAAUAAAUGAAUACUAUCCUAACCAGUUCUAAUCGAACAUAAAUUCCGAAGAGAUAGAUAAUGCUGCAAAUGAAUAUUUCUAGAGAGUUUUUUCAGCAGAUCCUCCCCAGGUAGAUCAGAGAAUAAUCGAGUUAAUAGAGACAAUGAGAAGAUUCAAAGAAUCUGAGGUGAAGAGAGAAUAAGAAAUCUAUGCUUGCAUGCUUCACUCUUUAUUCGAUGAGUACAGAUUCCUUCACAGAUAUCCUCAACAAUUCCUAGAGAAAAUAGCCAAGUUAUUUGGAGCAAUUGUAAGACACAGAAUCAUUGAUGGAACUCUCUAAGAUAUCGCUUUGAAAUUUGCUUUUGAAGCAUUUAGAAGAGAAGGAAAGCGUCAAAAGUUUGGAAUUAUCACAAUCAGAUAAUUCUUUGAUAUGCUACCCUAAUUCCCUCAAUUCUUUGAUGAGAUUUAUGAAAACAGACAUAACAUAGAGAGAACUGAUCCAGAAAUGAUAAGAGAUAUCGAGGAACUCUACCAUAGAACUAGAGCAAAUGUUUAAACUUAAAGCAAUAUAAGUACAAAUGCAAACUCAGCCAUUCAUUCUGAUAGAUCCUCUCAAAGUGAGGAGUAAAAAUGGAUCUAAGACCAUGCUAAUAACAGAGGUGCAGAGGAAUCAAAGAUUCAAGCUGCUUAAAGCAAAGAGGAUUCAAAGAAACAACCUAAUGCUAACUAAUUGCAAUAGCAACCUUCUGAGAAAAAGCCAGAUUUGAUUUCAAAUAUGCCUGCUUUAGACUCUGAACAGUUUGUUGAAAAAAUUCAAACUUCAGGGAAUCAAAGGAUAAACUAGGCAUCAUAAAGUGCUAAUAACCAGAAUAAUCAAUAGAAUGCCUUGACCUAGAGUGCCGCACAGCAGAAAUAAAACUCGGCACCUAACAAGAACGCUUAGACCAACAGCGGAGCUAAUAAUGCUUAAGUUACUGAUAAUAGUUUACAAAGAUCUGUUGCUAAUUAACAUCAAGAUUUCGUACCUUCUUAUAAAGCAAAAUAAUAAACACAAAUGAUGCAACCAACAGCCACGAAAUCUCAACCAGUACCUGAAAAUACUAACCUAAACAUCUAAUCAGCUGCCUUCAAGCGUGUGACUCCUAACUAAGCUAAUCUAAAUCAACAGUAACCAACUCCAUAGCUGACCCCAUAGCCUGGGCUAAUUCAACCAACCACCUCGAACCCUUUAAACUAACAGCUAUCCCAUGUGAAUAUAAUUAACAGUCAAGUUUUCAGACCCAUGAACAUGAGGAGCCCAGCCCCUCAAAUCCAGGUCAACGAGUCUGUGAUUCUAAUGUAACAAUAACUAGGAGAAAAAAUCUAAAAAGCGCUUAAAGAGAACGCUAAGAUCAGACUGGAGGAUAUUUUGGAGGAUACCAACAUGACGACUCCAGCUCCGGAUAUUUAAGAAUCCAUUAAAUUUAUAUGUAAUAAUACUGGAAAAAACAAUUUUGCCUAAAAACUAGAAGAAUUAAAAACCUCGAUUGCUUAAAGUCCUGUCGUUAACUUAAACUGGUUUAUUUAAUAUAUCCUUAUCAGAAGAAUAUCUCAGAGUAGUAACUUGUAUCAUCUGUACAUUGAGAUGAUCAAGCAACUCAACUCUAAAGAAUCAAUCCCGACCACAAUCUCGUAGGCUGUUGAAAUAUUCAAAAAAUGCAUGCUUAUUGAUGAAGAACUUUUGAUGAGAAUAGUUCAAAGACCUUCAAGUUAGGGAAGUCUUAUUAAAUAAUAUCUUGUUAACCUUGGUCAGUUUAUCGGUAGUCUCACUGUGGCUAGUAAUAGACCAAUCUAUGCCAAGGAACUAGAUAUUAAGAAGCUUCUAGUGGAAGCUUUUCAGUCAGAAAAACUCAAAUAUGUGAUUGCAUUUGUUUGCAGAAUAUUCAAAGAGACUUCAAAGUCAACAAUUUUUAAGCCUCAAAAUCCUUGGAUCAAAGCUAACCUUGAAAUACUCAGAGAGAUCUACGAUCUUUCCUAUCAGAGUAAUAUGGAUGGCUCUAAGAAUGAGAUCUAUCUAGAGAUCGACUCAGUCUGCAAAUCAAUGGGGCUGAAUAGUAUCAAUGAUGUUAAAGAGACAGGUUUCUUAAGAGCCUUGAUUACUAGAUAGUAUCAAUCUCAGUCUUAGCAAGUAGAAGUCAGUCAUUUGAUGACUAAGUCUUCAUUGAUACCCCCUCCACCAGCUCACAUUUUAUAAUAGCAAUAGUAAUAGUAGCAGAUGCAAUAGCAGUAAUAGCAGCAGUAGCAGUAGCAAUAACAGCAGCAAUAACAACUAGCCAUGAGAAGUCAAAUAUCCCCAUCACCAAAUCAAUUCCAAAUAACAGGAGGUUUAUUCCCUAGUAGAACACAAACUCCGAGCAAUGAUACAGGGCUAAAUCAACAGCAGUAAGAAGAGUUGUCAAUGAGAGUCACAGUCUCACCAUAAUUCAUUCAGAGCUUUAGAUGGCUAGGCUAAGAAACAGAGUAGAUAUUGAGAACUUUAGUAGCGAAAGCUGUUGAUCUCUCGAUUAUCGACAUCUUGCCUCCAGUUGUUGAUAGAUCUGUCACUAUUGCACUUAUUACGACUAGAGAAUUAGUACUCAAGGAUUUCGCAUAUGAUGGAGACUAUACUAAGAUUUAGAAGGCAGCUGACCUUAUAGUAUAAAACCUUGCUGGGUCUUUGGCUUUGGUUACUUGCAGAGAGCCAUUAAAGAUGUCCCUUACUACUAAUUUAAAGAAAUCAAUUUAAUAGCUCCUCACUGAACACAACUACGAUGAUGAAGAGCUAUUCAAUGAAGGAUUGAUCCAGGAAUUUGCUCAAACUGCCAGUAAAGAGAACUUAGACCUGGGAUGCAAAUUGAUCAGAAAGUCAGUUGUAUCUAAGGCUUUCGCUAAGGUUAGAGAAGAUCCCUAGAUUAAGAGAGCUGUUGAGAAUAGAAAGAGUGCCAUUACAAAUAAUGUCUAAUUCUAGAUUGAUGACGGAGUAACACAGCAAUUCCAAAGUCUACCUCCUCAAUUACAACCCUUACCAAAUGGACUUACUGAUUCUUAGUUCCAAGUAUAUGAAGAUUUUGCCAGACUUAACUCAAGCUAGAGAAGAGCUCUUGAAUAAGCUCAAGAAGCUAUGAAAUUGGCCUAAAUAACUUAGAUUCAAGAGUCUAGUGUUAGCGAUAUUGAAACUAUCUUCAGAUAAUUAGAAUAGCAGUGUCAUCUCGACAAUGUCCUUAGAUUCCAAAUCACUCAAAAAUUGACUCAGCUAUCAACAGAUUAAGAUCAAUAGGAAACCAAAAAGAUAUUGCAAUUCACAUCUAAAUGGCUUGGGAAUAUUUGCGAUAAAUUUGUCAAGACUAAUGAUCUCGAUUUAGUAAUAGGGCCACUUGAAGCACUUAACUUAAUCAUUGUUUGCUUUAAGGCUGAAGAUCUUCAGAAGAAGUUGACUAAAUUCUUCUUAGAGUCAAAUGAAGAUUAUCCAAAUCACAUCAACUUGACAAUCUUAUUGAUGAAGCACAGCAUCCUCUCUAUGAGUGAAUGGGAUUCACACAUUUCACAGUAUCUUAAAGACUGCAUUCAGUUUGCCUCAUCACAAGUCUUUGUGACUUUUAUCCUAAACUUCAUCACAAAAUCUAUCAUACAAGAAUAGAUCUUCGCCUACACUCAAUUCCCUAAUAUCAUUUCAGUUAUUGAGAAAAUUUCAGAGACUCCUCAGUACGGCAUAGCAUUUGCUACCAUAAUUGAGGACCUAAGAUCCAAGUUUGCUUGGAAUAAAGAGACAUUGAAGAAGUACUUCCAUCACUGGGCUAUCAUAUCUUUCGAGGAGAACAAUUCUAAACAAGAAUAAGAAGUCAACAAGUUCUUCAAUAACCUUUCCUAGAUCGGACUCUACAAAGAUGCAGAUAUAAUGUACAAUUUCUGCAAGGUAAUGGUCGAAGUGAGUAUUGAAAGAGCUUUAUAUACAGCUACAGGCUAAAAGAGACCAAGUGAUAGGCUAGACUAUAGAUAUAUUGAGAGUUUCCUCAAGCUAAUGGUGGUCCUUCUAAGGACUGCUGACAUUAACAAACAUGAAUUCAUGUCCAAGCUAUUUGAGGCCAUUCAAGAAGUUCUAGAUGAGGAUCACAAGUACAAGAGAGCCGAAUUCAACCAGAAGCCAUAUUAUAGACUUUUGAUCAACAUUUUAAUUGCUGUGAAUUAUUCCCAGUUUGUUAACAAAAAGACUCACUUGCUCAUUCUUUUCAGUCUUGCAGAUCUAUUCAGCAAGUUGAAUCCUAACAAGUACCCAGCAUUUGCCUUCGCUUGGUUGGAACUUAUAUCUCACAAAUAGUUUAUGCCACACUUCUUGUCCCUGAAUAAGUAACUCUAAGAGUACGGAAAUUUUGUCAAUUAGCUUAUUCAGAACUCAGGACAGAAUCAACCUAACAGACAAGGCAUACCAGGUGGUUAAGGCCAAAAUAUGAAUGGUUCAUAAUAACUUGCAGAUAACACUUUCUAUCAGAAAUGGUUCAAGUUUAAGGAACUUAUUGUCAAUUUGUUCACAUUCCUAAAGAAUAACAUGAUACCAGGUCAGCCAUUGUCAGACCCCUUAGUCAAGUUCUAUGAAGCAACUCUUAGAGUAGUGCUUGUCAUCAGACAUGAUUUCCCUGAAUUCUUAUGCGAUUUCUACUUCAAUUUCGUGAACAGUCUUCCAGAGCACUGCAUCUAACUCAGAAACAUUAUCCUAUCUGCUAAUCCAAAAGAUAUCACCUUCCACAAUCCUUUCAGUAGAUACCUCAAAGUUGAUUAGAUUCCAGAAAUCAACCAGAAGCCAAGGAUGCUUUAUCAAAGCUUUGAGAAUUCAAAUGGGGCCAUUCAUGAUAAUGGAGAGAGUAGCUUUAACGAUCACUAGAUUUAUCUCGGGUUAAUGAACCUAAGAGAAGAUCUCGAGAAGUACUUCAGGACUAGAAACCCAGUGUUGAUCUAAGUGAUAUGCGACAAGAUGAUGUAAUCAGAGGAAAUCAUCAAUGGAAGAAGAAAGAUCAAUAGCAACAUCAUCAAUGCAGUUGUGCUUUUCAUCGGUAACUACGCUAUCUCUAAGAAGUCAAAUGAGUUCAGAGAAAAAGAGUGCUAUGAGCUCUACAAGAAGAUCAUUACUGAACUAAAUAGUGAGACCAGAAUGUGCUUCUUAAACUGUCUGAUCAAUGAGCUCAGAUACAUCAACAGUCAAACCUACUUCUACUCUUGGAUAGUCCUGUACCUCUUCCCUGACAUUGAUGAACGCAUUCAGGAACAGAUAACAAGAAUCCUCAUUGAGAGACUCCAAGUCCAUGAGCCCUACCCAUGGGGACUCUGCAUAACAUUCAGAGAACUCCUUUAGAACCCAAAGUAUAACUUCGCCAAGAAGAGCUUUGUGGUUUAGAACAUGCCGAUGUUUGAGUUACUAUUCCAGACCAGACUGUAGCAGUUACUACCCUACUGGCAGAGCAGAAGAGUCAACGAUCAACAACUUGACUAGCAGCAGCAGCUUCAGUAGGUAACUAGUGGAGGUAACAUGAAUCAGUAGUGA